CAAUCGGAUUUUAGUACAAUAGUGAUUCUCUUAAUAUUCAACUUAUCUAUAUCGGAUAGAUUAUCAAUAUGGAUACUUGUCCUAUAUGCUUCAAACAGUUCCCGCUGGACGGGCUUGAGCUUCAUGUGAAUGGAUGUUUAGACUCUUUGGAGGUUACAGAAGAAGUGGCGUCUGAAGAGAAGGAUAAUAACCCAGAGACAUCAGAAGACGUGAUGAUUGUAGGGUCAAGUAAGAAUAACAGUCAGCCCAAAAAUGCAUUUGCUGCGUUAGGGUUGAAAAUGGACUCUUCAGAAAGGAAAAAGGGGAGUACCAGGGCAACAAAGGCCGGGAAGUCUCUGUCUACAUUGACAAGUUUAUUGAUUGCAGAGAAGAAACUUCAAGGUUAUGGGAAGGGUGAUAAGAAGAAGAAGAAGAACAAAAUCAAGGAAGAGAUUAAAGAAAUGGAAGAUAAAGAAAGGAAUAAUAAGAGGGAGAGAGUUAUACCUAAGGAAGAAAAAUCUUCCGAUAAUGUGGCAAAAAUUCGAAAGGUUGACAAUGCUCCGCCGCUUAUUCGUCCUCCCAUCAAUAAAGUUGAAACUUCCUUGAAAAAAGUAGUCAAACCUGCCACUGUAGAAGAAGAAAGUAUAGCUCAAUUGAGCCGCGAGGCAAGAUUACCUUUAGCUCAACGGCUCAGACCUAAAACUUUGGAUGACUUUUAUGGACAAGAAAAAUUGGUGGGACCUCAGGGAUUACUUCGAAAUAUGAUAGAGGCGGAUAAUAUCCCAUCAUUUAUACUUUGGGGUGUCCCCGGAGUUGGGAAAACUUCGUUAGCAAGAAUAAUUGCUCUGAUGACCCAGGGUAAGUUUAUAGAAAUUUCUGGAGUAGAUGCAAACUCGAAGAGAUUGAAAGAAGUGUUUGUACUUGCUGAAAACGAGAAAAGGCUCACGGGUCGGAAAACUAUUCUCUUUAUAGACGAGAUUCAUAGGUUUAACAAGGCUGUACAAGACCUUUUAUUGCCAGUGAUUGAAAAAGGUGUUGCCACAGUUAUUGGAGCAACAACAGAGAACCCUUCGUUCAAUUUGAAUAAUGCCUUGUUGUCAAGAAUGCACACAUUCACCAUGGAACCCAUGUCAAUGGAGUCCACUGUUAAGGUGAUAAAUAGGGGACUUAGAUUGGUUAAUCGGACAAGAAAUUUGGUACACAAUUUACAUUUGAUUAAUUUGAAACGUGACGCGAUUGAUUAUAUAGCAAAAUUGAGUACUGGGGACUCAAGAGUAGCACUUAAUAUCUUAGAGUCAAUCCAUGCAUACUUAUCAGGAUUGAAAUACUCUCAAUUUGAUAAACUUGAAGAAGGAGAGAAGGGGAUAAAAAUUCCAGGUAAACUAGGGGUCAUCACCGUAUCAUACGAGAAUCUAAAGCCAUUGUUAAGCACUAGAAAUUAUCAUCAAAUGUAUGAUAAACAUGGAGAAUCCCAUUAUGAUACCAUUAGUGCAUUCCAUAAAUCUGUUAGAGGGUGUGAUGCAGACGCAUCGAUUUUUUAUCUUGUUAAGAUGCUCAGUGGUGGCGAAGAUCCUCUUUUCAUUGCCAGAAGGAUGAUUGUCAUUGCAAGUGAAGACAUUGGGUUAAGAGACAGUUCAUGUCUACCAUUUGCUAUUGCUGUUAAAGAUGCGUUAGAAUUUGUUGGGAUGCCUGAGGGAGAAAUAAUUUUGGCACAUUGUGCAGCAAAAUUAGCUCGAGCUUCAAAAUCAACAAAAUCUUACCGAGCGUUAAGAAAUGCACAAUCACUUUUCCAGUCGAAGCCCGAACUUAAUGGAAUACCGAUCCCUAUACAUUUAAGAAACGCACCUACAGGAUUAAUGAAAGAAUUGGGAUAUGGUGAAGAUUAUAAAUAUCCUCCAAAUUUCGAACAAGGAAAAGUGAAACAAACAUAUCUCCCGAAGGAAGUUGCGGGGACAAAAUUCUUGGAGCCAACCCAUUUAGGAACUGUUGCUGAUCCGGAUGUACCCGAAACCGAAUUAGAACAAGCAAGACAAGAAGAGGAAGAUUAUGCAAAAUUUAAAGAGAUGAGAAAAUUAUUUAUGAAGGAAAGACAUUCAUAUGAUGAAUUUUUAUCAAAGGCAGAUCAACCUGAAUUUUUCGAUGGUGAAGAAAAGGAUCAAUACUCUGAUGAUCCUGAUUGUACUAAUAAUUUUGAAUGUUCAUAUGACGAAUUUUUGGAUAAGGAUGCACAGCCUCAAUAUUGGGAUGCAGAAGCAGAAGAUACUCAUCAUUAUGAUCCUGAAUAUCCUAUAUUUUAUAGUGAAGAUGAACAAUUGAAUGAAUGAAAUCCGUUAGAUUUGCAUAUAAGCUUAUAAACUGAUAAGGAGGAAAUUCUACCUCGGAGUGUAUAUAGC